AACACUGCAAUGAAAAGCAAAAACGUCUGCACGUGUUGAUGACGUCACAUUCAGUUCGCCCACCGCCAAUAAAUACAAGAGAAGAAGAAGCAGCAGGAGGAUGACGGUUCUGUGACGAUGAGUUCUUUGAUCCGGAUCGGUGUCGGGACCGCGGCGGGUUUGUGUUUGUUUGGGUUGUUUAUUUACCGGCAGGUGAAGAAGAGGAGAAGGAGGAGGAGGUCCAGCGGGGAGCAGCUCUGCGCACGGCGGGAGGAGGUGCGCGCCGUGCGCGACGCGGAGGCGGAGCUGCAGCCACAGGUGGCGGCGGCCGUGAUGGAGGGUCUCUGUCCGCAGAAGCAGCUGGAGGUUCUGGAGCAGCUGGAGCAGGUUCUGAGCAGCGUGGCGUCUCUGCGUGCAGAGGUCGCAGAGCUCAGGUGCAGCCUGCAGAAUGUCGCUCAGCAGAUCAUCCAGGACGUCAAGAAGGAAGUGGAGGACAGCCAUCGAACACGCCGCCGACGCUGCGCUGUCCUCCGGGAGCGCACCGACUCCACCAGCUCCAGCUCUAUCUACUUCAGCGCCAGUCAGGGCGUGGCCAGCACGUACGACGGCGAGACCAGUGAGGGCGGGUACUCCACAGCCUACGCAGAGUCUGACUACACGGACAGAGACGAGGUCGAACACGAGUCCGAUGAGGACGCCAGCUGUGUCACCGUACUCACUCUCCGCCAGGACGACUCCCCCGAGGAGGAGGAGGGGCAGAGGAUCCAGUUUGUGGAUGAAGUUGCUGGUGGGAAGCUGGUUCUCCCCCUGGCUCAGUGACCUCCUCCUGACGUGACGCAAAUGUAAAGCUCCCCACUGAGAAAACUGUCCCACAGAUCCGGUCUGAGGGCAGGAACUGGACUGAGGUGGCGCUGCAGAGUCCAGAACUCAUCUAUUGUUCACCAAACAUGGACUCGACCGACAGGAAACUUUUUUUUUUCUCCUCUGUUUUUUUUAUGGAUGGAGACUCCACAUCGUGACGCUUCUUUUUCUAAAGAAGCAUCUCUUUUGAGUCAUGAUGUUUCUGUGAACUCUUAUUAUUAUUAUUAUUAUUAUUAUUAUUACUGACUGCAGACUUUUAAUUUAGCACUGAUAUUUCAGCUUCUUUUUUUUAAUCUUCAUUAACACUCAGCCAUCUGAUUGAUUGAUUUUUAUCACACGGGAACCUGAUGUUUGCAUUCCAGUCUUUAUUUUUUUGGCAUUUCCUCCAUAUUCCUGCUUUCAGGAAUCAUUUAUUGUAUUUUUUCUUUUUAGUUAAUGCGUGGAAAUGUUUCAGACUUUGGCAGUUAUGAAACAUUUGAGAAAAUGUUCUCAGUCCGUUUCUCUUUUAAACUGUGGUUUUUAUGACGACGUCUUAAAUUUCGAUGACUGACACACUGAGUUUUACAUUUAAAUAAUUUUAUUGGAUGUUUCAGCUUCAUUCACAUUUGUUCUUUGAAGCAGCUGAGACAUGAAGUUUUGAUUGAAUAAAUGUUCACCUUCCUGUCGCUGGUCCAACCAACCAGCAGCUUACAAACUUUAAUCACACUUAUGUUUUCUUCUUAUCCUGAAAUUUAAUUUCAGAGUAAAAGUUUUAAUGUUUCAGUCAGUGAUGCUAAAAUGUUCUGAUCCAAAAUGAAAAUAUUCACACAAAAAACACUGAAUAAAGUUAUUUUACCUCCUGAAAAUUUGCCGUCUGUAAAGUUCUCAUCCAUUUGGACUUAACAUGGUGUUAUUCUUUUAACAGCUGAUUAAAUAUUUUCAGUCU